AUGAGCGGUGCAGGGAAGGACGAUGAGCGACCUAAGCUGGAAAGGUUCGACGGCACGGUUCCAUCAAUGUACAGGCGAUGGAAGAGGAAGGCACAGCUGAUGUUGUUAGCUUUGCCCACAACAUAUACCAAGGAUCGUUGGGGUGCCAAGUUGAUGGAGUAUGUGGCUGGAGAAGCAGAGGAAGUAUGUGAAACUCUGCCGCUGGAUAAACUCGUCAAGGAAGGCGGGCACGAGCUUGUCUUUCAGGCACUGGACGCGAAGUAUCAAGAGCUGCAGAAAGAUGCUUUGCACAAGCAUCUUACGGAGCUCAAGGAGCAUGCCGUGGAGCUCCCGGAGGAAGUGGGGGGAUGGUUCCUUUUGCGCAAGCUGCAGCUGGAUCAGACAUCAGAGGCGAUGGUUUUGACUCAUACAAAAGGGUCUUUGGCCUACAAGGAGGUGACUGCAGCUGUGACCGCAAUCUUCCCACAAGGGGUUUCGAAGACUGGAGGCGGCAAGAGCCGCGAAGUUUUUGAGGCAAUAGCAGAAGAGGAGGUUGUGGUUGGCAACGAUGGCGAGGACGGCGAGGACGUCUUUCAAGCAGUGGCUGCUCAGAUUCAGGCACAAGACGAGUACGAUGAUGAGGACGCCAUCGAAGUCUAUGAGACGUACCAGGAUAUCCGCAGGAAGAUGCAGCAGAAGAAGAUGGGACGCGGAUACAAGCAGCAGCCAAGCACGGCACCUUCAAGAUGGACACUGACGUGGACUGUGCGUGGCAAGGUGGAACAGUUGAAGGCUAAGAGUCGCUGUCACCUAUGUCAGGAGUUUGGUCACUGGAAGCGAGAGUGUCCAAAGAAGAAGGGAAGUGCUUCAAGUGGUGCCAAGCCGAGCCGCAGCAAUGACGCUAUGGUCACGGAUCAAGGCGGCAACUCAGGGUUGUCCGAGCUAGGACAAGAGCUCUUCUUCAACGAGGAGGACAUCGACCAGUUGGAGAUCUACUUGGCGGAGAAGGACGGUAGAGUCGAUGUAGUUUUGGCGGAUCCACGAGAACAUGGAGCAGGCGAAGAUGAUGACGUGAGGGGGGAUCUUGAGGCUAAGAUCUUUGAUUUUUUUCAGAAAGUGCAGGAUCAGCCUGCGACCGAGGAAGCAUACAUGGCCGAUCUUGCGACUCAUGGGGUUCCCGAUACUGCGUGUAGGCGUACUCUAAUCGGUGAGAGUGUGCUUGGGCGUAUGUCGGAGGCGUUGGGCAGGGCUGGCUUGAAGGUUCAAGUUGUCAAAGAAGAACAUGAGUUCAAGUUUGGCAAUGCUGGGGUGAUCAGAACUGAAAAGUCAGCUAUUAUCCCAGUGCGUAUUGGGGAAAAGCAGCUUGCUAUAAAGGCGGCUGUUUUACCGGGUAGUGGAUCAGGGACUCCACUGCUUCUGUCCAAGGAACUUCUUAGGGGUUUGAAGGCUACUUUGGAUAUGGAGAAUGAUGUUUUAGUUGUUAGGCGGUGCGGGGUGCAGAUGAAACUUCGAGAGACGGAACGAGGGCAGUAUGCGAUUCCUCUCUUUGAGGGUCUUGGUGUCAUGAAUGAGCCAGAUGUGACUCAGAAGAUGCAAGUGAAGACGCACGAGGUCAUGAGCUACCUGCCGGAAGACAUCAACAUGGGAGCGCCAGUGGAGACGUUCACGAGGACACCUCUGAUCGACAGUUUGCUGCAGGAAGUGGGGCCACAGCUGGAAAUCGGACAGCACGAGCUCCCGGCAGCAACGCUGGACCAGAUGUCGGACAAGGAAGAAGACGCGCCAGACGGGCUCGUGCACGGGCUAAGCGGAAGGACAAUCUUCAACAUCGGCAAGUACAUGAAGACGGGGCGAGCAGUCAGCUUCGAGAUCGCCUACCAGACGGACAAGGCAUAUGUGGCAUGGGUGCGGAAGUUCACCGGGAAGACGACGCAUCCCACAAUGGCUCAGUUUCGCUUGUACGUGGCGUUGAGAGACCAAAGGAAGUCCGAGAGGGUGUCUCGCGAGACAUUGCCGGUGCCACCAACGGCUGCAGCCAAGGCUCGGGGAGCGCAGACAAAAGCCAAGGCCAAAGCGCGACCACAGUUGCCGGCGAGCAGCAGCCAGCCUCAGCCAGAGCCCGAGGAGUGGAUCCUGGCAACGCAUGCGGAAGAGAUGGCAGCUCCAACUCCGGCGCAGAAGGCAGAAGCUUUUGCGCCAGAUCGAGAUGAUGACGCACGAGUUGGAACGCCUGGACGACGAGGAGAACCAGGACUGAGCGACGAUGAAGGGUGUGAUCCGCAGUGUAUGAGCAAGGGUGAGAAGCAGCUGUGUAGGCGUGGCGUUCAGAGUUGUAAUAUUCCAGUUGAAAGAGAGUACGAAGGUCCCAGCGGGGUCGACGUGCUUUAUUUAGAACCUGGAGUGGAGUUGUCAAUAGCCACGGCAGCCGGCCUCACCUCAGAUCACAUUUUCUCCGAAGGUGAACUGAGUGCCAAGGUGAUGGGUCGAGCGGAGACUCUGCAAAGCGCCUUGGAAAAGGUCCGCAGCUGUAAGCCAGUGCUUCUUGUGGUGCGUACGCCUGAGCAUAUGACUAAGUCUAGAGGAGGAGUUGGAUUGUGCAGAACGUACAACACGAAGCAACGCUGUGACUUCACUAGACUUGUCGCUGCGUGCUGUGCUGAGCAGUUGUGUGAUGGUAGGCAGUUCUGUGUGUUCAUGGAGAAUGAGAGCAUGAAGAAAGGAGUGAAAGCAUGGGCUCGGGUGCUGUCUGAUGUCGGGUCAAAGGUGGUUCGUCUUGGUGACAGCUGUGUGGAUGAAGCUUGUGUGUACACCAACAGUAAGCAGGUGCAGGAUAGACUCACGAUGGGAUGGCCACAUGUGCAACGGCGUGAUGAUGAACGAUGGUUCGGCAAGGAUGUUGCUGUUGCUGUGAUGGAAAAGAAGAGAGCCAGACAUGAGGUGAUGGCCGCGCACUGUGUGUACAUGAUCGAUGAUUUGAGAGCUGAUGGAGCGGAGAGCGAAAGGAAGGUGUUGAGUGUGCUGCGCAAGUGUCAUGAGAACUUAGGUCAUCCUUCGACAGCUCGCUUUGUCAUGCUUUUGAAGUCAGCACAUGCCAGUGAGAGAGUGAUUAAACUUGCAAAAGGUCUUGAAUGUGAAACUUGUAGCGAAAUGAGCAAACCAAAGGCACACAGGGUGGCGAAAAUGCGGAAGGCUACGGAGUUCAACCAGCAGGUUUGCGUGGACACGUUUGAGUUGGAUGUGCGGUACUCAAAAAUACACUUUCUGAAUAUCGUGGAUGAGGCUACUGGGUUUCAGCUGUGCACCCCUCUGUGGAAGGGAAUGCAGGCCAAACAUGUGAGGAAUGCGUACCGGAAAACAUGGAAACGGUGGGCCGGGGCGCCUAUUAGGCUCUUCUGUGACGGUGGAAAGGAGUGUGAAGGGGAGUUUGAACAUGGGUUGUCCUUGGAUGGGACUUAUGGGGACGUGUCAGCUGCUUACGCACCAUGGCAGAAUGCAUGGGCAGGUUGA